AGUUAUCCCGUGAACACCAUCGAGUGACUAUCUACUCUGCUGCUUGUCCUGUCACGUUUCUAGAGAUACACAAUGGCUCAGGGAAUCACCUUCGCCGCCCUCCUCCUCGCCCUGGCCGCCCUCACGCACGCAGCCGACACCACCCACAAAAACGACGCACGACUUUUCUACGAUGACGGCAACUACUCCGUCAUCGACGGCAACUACUCCGUCAUCGUCGGCUUCCAGUGCCUCUUACUCAUUGGGGUCCUCUUACUGGCCCUGCCCUUGCUCCCGUCUCUCCUGGGGCUCUUCGGGACAUCAGCCAGUGUUGCUCAGCCCUACGAAUACGCCCCCGCUACCGGUUACGGUGCCUCUGCCCCAGCCUACGAUGAGAGGACCACCUUCUCUGUCCAGCAGUUAAUUGAGGAUGCUGUCAACAAGUUCCUGUAGAGACCGCGAGCAUAAAUGAAUUUGAUUCGAUAAUCAAAUAAGCAGAAAAAAAUCUGUUGCAAUGAUAAUUACUCGUUAUCAUCAAAAUCUUUCAACCUUUUUCUCCUGAUAAAGUGAACCCAGUGAUUGAUCUGUUAAUAGCUUGUUUACCAUGUUAUUUAUUUUAUAAUGUAAAUAAAUUGUUUUCUUUA